AUGAACUUUGAGCGCAGCGCUCAUUUCGUGAACAACAAUCUGUGGGAAGAAGGAGGAGAGUACUUGCAUGGAAAGGCUCUGAGCUUGGAGAGAGCUGGAGCCGAUUUCAUCAUCUGCGUCUCGAACACUUGGCACCGGGUUUCUGAGGCGUUCAUGAAGGAUGUGAAGAUUCCUCUUUAUCACAUCGCUGAUCCAACAGCCCAAGCGAUACUGGAUCUAAAGCUGCACACCGUUGCCUUGCUGGGAACCAAGGCCACCAUGUCCUCGGACUAUCUGCCGAAUGAGUUCUCAAGCCGUUUCGGAAUAAACAUUAUUGUACCAACAGACGAAGAACAAAUUUACAUUGACGACGUAAUCUUCAACGAACUUGCCAAAUCCCAAUUCACAGAGGAGUCAAGACAAGGCUACCUGAAGAUUGUUGACGAGUUGGUCUCUCGAGGAGCACAGGGUGUGAUCCUGGGGUGCACGGAGAUCCCGCUACUUAUUGAACAAAAGGAUCGACCCGAUAUUCCGAUGUUCAACACUUUGGAGCUACAUGCGCGGGGUGCUGCGGAGAGGGCGCUGUUGGACUAG